AUGUUCAGCGCCUCCAUCAAACCUGUGCAUGACUUUAUAACAAUUGCAUUGCAUUCAUUCAAUGGUCGAUGCGUUUUGGUGUCGAUUAAUCUGGAAAUCUUGUCAAAUUUGGGUCACGAGCAGAGCGAGUUUUCACCCGUGAAGAACAUCGGAAGUUGUGAGCUAUCAUUUUUGGCAGCGGACGCCUUGAAUGUGUCAAAUUCUUUGGGGAAGGCACUUGUUCGUCGGCAUUCGAUGCUUAAAACGAAACAGGUCUCUGGAUCACGGUCUAAGUCCAAAGUGCGGUACCUGAACAGUCAAUGUGGUUCCCAGAAAGCUCCUGCUCACCAGCCUGUAACCUUUGGACACACUGUCAAGUCCUCUGGUUAUGGACCUCAUAGCUCCAAAGUGGCCAUACGUGGGCCUCAAAUCGCUAAUCACAAAGCGAAGGAAAAUGCGAAGGCACAACUGACUAACAAAUUGUACCAGAAGUAUCAAUACGGCCUUGAACCUGCAUUCUGUUGUCUGGUGUCUGAGCGCCUUGACGCGGAAGAAACACCUCUGUAUUCUGUAUCAUACUCACCAACAGAUGAUCGAGUUGCCGUGGCCCAAGGGAAUGGUCUGUGCUCCAUAUUGCGGGUGGCCAGAUCGAGUAACGGAGCCCGGACGAGAUGGUGUAAAGAGCAAACAGUUCUUGCGGGACACCGCGGCAUCGUAUCCAGUGCAGAGUGGUCACUUGAUGGACAGUUCGUCAUCACCACCUCAACGGACAGAACAGCCCGCCUGUGGUCCGCCAAUGGAGGGGCUCUUCAUCUUGUCGUAACCUCUCCUCUAGGCGGUUUUGCUGAUGGCCACGGACAACCUCUACGCGCCACCAACAAGAAAAAUUUUCCCAUUUCUUCGGAAUUUGUUGAUCAUGUGCAAUUCGGGAGGUUUCAUCUACAGGACAGCUUCUUCCAUGUGACCUGUCGAAAUAACAUAUUUUUCUUCACUUUCAACAUUGACAAAAGUGCAAACGUUCUCCAUAAGUGUCACAUAGUGGCAUCAUACCAACGUGUGGCAAAAUUUGAUUUCAACUUAUGCAACAGGCUCACCGCAGUGUCGUCAACCAACCUUUUUUACUCGUACCUCCUGUUGGCCGUGGGGUCCGACCGCUGUUUGUACAUUUUGGACAUCAACAGUAAGAAGAUUGUGCGUGACAUCUCAGCCAUUCAUAAAGCCACGGUGACGGGUGUUGCCAUAAACCAAGGGUCGCUCUACUCAUCAUUCACUGCAGAGACCUCCUCAGAUAGAGCACUUGGACGUGGUUUUGGUGGCAGUAGUAGCACUGGUGGAGCCUACAGCCUCUUUGCGACGGCGGCGCCAGGUGAUAGCGUGCGUCUCUGGGACCUUCGAGUGGCGCGCAGCCACGUGGCUGAAUUGGCCUGCUGCAGGACUGCCUUCGGCCCUGGCGAAGGUGACGCAGUUGGAGGAUCGGUACGGGAUUCAGCCGUUCCUCCAGUGUCUUUAACGUUCUCUCCAUGUGGUCGUUACGUCUGUUUUGGGGCGAUCGCCUCCACGACCUCUACUCAACACCUGGCUCCCACUGUGGUUGACAUUCGUCAGGUUUGCAAGCCCCUAGCUCUCCUAAUGAUCCCGGACCACAGACCCAGUGCUUGCAGUGCUGCAACUGUCGUGGCAUGGAAUCCUGUCAAGCCAGAGGUGCUAUUUUAUCGUACUUGA